CGCAUGCUGUCAUGGGACAUUUGCUUUGGCUUUGUUAUUCUAAUACAAAUAAAGUUUAUGCUGCCUUCAUGGAAGUCACUUAUAUUCUACUUUGGUUCCGUUUCUACUAUAUUAGUUAUAUAGCAAAUGGUGGAAAGAAAUACACUCAACACCGGAUUGCAACUCAAAACGGGAAAAUACAGCAAAAGAUUGAAUAA